UACAGGGACGUGGUGAGCUGCUGCCCCAAGAGAUUGUGUAGACUUUUUGUUUGUUUUGUCGUUUUUCCAGUUUCACUUUGAUAGGGAGUCAGUCGUAGGACUGCACAGUAGGUUUAACUGGUUCACUGCUGUUUUGUUUAUUUUAGCUGGUUACUGCCCUGAAGCCACACUAGUUUGUAUCUAAAGUAAAUGGAGUGUACUUAGGACUGUGAUUAUAUAUCUCAGUGUUGUUCACCAUCUUAAAAUUUACAACAGUUCAACCAUGGCAACAACUUAACAAUAGUAGGUGAGAUGUGAAGCUAGAUUCACUUUAGAACAAUAAACACACACACACUCACACAGACCAAAUUUACACAGAAAUACUAAUAGUAGGUGAUCUAGGAGGAGGACAGGGUGAAAGGGCAAAGUGCUUCUAGCCUUGUAUGACCCUUCGGUUCAGUGGACUCGAACAUGUGAGGGCUGUAAGGGUGGGUUACAGUUUGAAGCCACUGAAAACAUUUUAUAUGUUCUUCACACAAAAUGGGCCAAAGGCAAGGAAUCUCAGGUUGAAAUAAUAAUCUUCUUUUUUGACUGCUCCCCUUAAGGGUCGCCACUAUGGAUCAUCUGCCUCCAUCUCACAUUAUCCCUGUUAUCCUCCUCUCUCACACAAGCCCUCUGCAUGUCCUCCUUACACUAUAUGCAUGAAUCUGAUCUUCUUCUUUUCAUUUUCACACAUUUUUAUGCUAUUCGGAGUUCUCUCUGGCAUCGUGGAUUAUGGCCAUGGCAUUCCCUCAUUGCUCUCUCUAACCUUGCUUGAUUUGGAUUUAGACUACCUAUCCCAUGAAGUAAGAUUCACAACCAUAAUGCUGAGAAAGAAAUGCCAGAAAAAAAGGAAAAUUCCAAGAAUUUGGCUUGAGCCACCUGUAUAUAUUAUAUUAUCACCAUUUAUAUCUAGUCAUGACCACCUUGUUAUGUUGAUCCUGAUGUUUUGUGCCAUGUAUGCAUAUUUUUCACAACAAGCUAUACAAUAGGUUGUGAAAUAUGGUAUCACAAGUAGCAAACAUAGCUUAUGCUGGUAUUAUUUGCAAUGAGAAAUACUUUAACUGACUUUUUUUUUUUUUUUAAAUGUCUUAGUUAAUGAAUAGAUUGGAAAUUCUUGGUGGGGUCUAAGUGAAAUCUUGGUGGUGAUACAAGUGCUGGUUGGCCACAACUCUGAAUCCUGAUAGAUCUGUAGCAGCAGACUGAAAAACCAUUGGCUGUUACCAAGAAUUCCCUAUGACUUUUGGGUGGUAGGGAGCACCAAGGAGGCAAUAUAUCACAUAAUAUGGGGGAAUUAUGCAAUUGCUGUUUUUUUUUUUUUUUUUUUUUUUUUUACAUUUUUUAUAAGCAAUCAAUCAUUCAUUCAUUCCAUGGCUUUCUUAGUAUUCAAAAACACAGAGAGUGGUUUUGAUGGUGUCACAUGAUUUAUGACAGAUAAUAAAAAGCGGGAGACGGAAAAAACGAGACUCUUAAAUUAUGCAGUGCCAAACUAAAACUGAGUUUUGAAAUGCAGCAGAAGUAAGCUGACAACACUGAAACUCUGAGAAAAACAGCAACACUGAAACUUCUUUGGCCGAUCUGAGUGCAGUACACAUUCAGGAAUACAUAAAGAAGGAUAUUUCCUCAUGCAAUGAUCAAAUAACCGGUUGAUGUAUUAGUCCUUACGAACACAGACUAAUUCAACACCUCUAUGUAGACACAUGUGACUGCUCUAGGGGAAAAUCUUUGAGGAAAUCAUUUCACGUUUCAGAUUGACCAGUCUCGAGUACACGCUACAAAUCACGAAGGUAUUAGUAAUAAUGACUUUGGCAUUAGUGAAUUAAUCCUCAAAUGGUUUCACUAGAAUACUACUCUCCUACACGUGAUGACGCGAGUACUUUAUUUGAUACUCAUGCAAAGGGUGGAGAAAACUGGGUGUUGUUGCUGCUUUGGGUGGAUCCAGAAACUUGUGCUUUCAAAGCAGUGGUAGGAAACCUUGCAUGUGUGGGACUUGAACAUGUGUUAUCCACACCCAGUGAAGUGGCAGCUCAGAUACCCUUAUACUCCCUUUAUAAGAUUUUCACUUCCUUUAAAACACUGCAUCACACAACAUCCUGUCUUAGCUCUCCAGCAUUUACGUGGAGUCUUGGCAAAACACACCAUUUCGUAACAGAUGAGUUCAAACUAACAGAGAACUGCAGUUUGGGAGUAAAAUGCAUGAGGUCAUAUGGCAUUGACACCAAGACAUCUUAUGAAUUUCAUUUGAAGCUAAAAAAAGAAAAUGUCUUCCAAAGAAAGGUUACAUUUAGGUUUUCUCAUCACUGCACAACUCUGCAAAAGCAAAACUACAAUCUAAAAACAUCUGUUAUGAGUAAUCUUACCGGGAUACUGUGGGGGAUAUUUCAUCAGUAAUGAUUAAACCAGCUGAAUAACUGGAAAUAUGAUAGGUUUGUUACACACAGGCUUGUUUAGACUUUUAAUUCUGUGAACACACAGAAGCCUGAGUACGACAACAGUUAGCUUUUACUUUUUUUUAUCUUGGGAAUAACAUCGCAUGGGGUUUUACUGUGUCUGUUUUGCAUUUGCUGGUAAAGCCUUAAAGCCUUAAAGUCUUCAUUAUGUCCACGCCCAUGACUCCCACCGGCAGUCUUCCUGACAUUUUUCUCACCUUUCCUGUUGCAGACCCAUAUAUCCUGCUUUCAAAAAGCUCCUUUAAUUACAAUCUAACUAUUAAAGUAUAUCCAGAUGGACAUGCUUUAAACAACAUAGCUCCAUUGUUUGUGUCUCUUCACUUUUAUCAGCAGUUUAUAAAGAUUGUGAGCGUUUUGCUGUGAGAACCACAGCCUCUCCCACACCAGGGUUCAUUCGGCUCAAAUUCCUGUGGUGUUCAGAGAGGAGCUCAAGUGUGCUCCUCCUACAGAGUAGAGCUAAAGGAGAGAGGAGGACGUAGGGGUCAAUUUUCUGUGUAGACCUGGGACAAGUCUUGACAAAAGAAAAAAAAAAAGCAGACAGACCAGUAUUUCUUCAAAUAAGUGUACCUGCAGCAUGCGCUAGUGUUAUACGACUAUUGUUUUUACGUUAUAUGCAUGGAUUUAUACAAAUAAUGCUUAAAGCUUUAAUAACAUGUAUUUUAGCUCUUAUACUCCUGCUAAAACUCUUUAAGGGGAAAUAAAAGAGCCGCUUAAUGUCUUCUAGUAAAAGAGUAAUGUUUCCCCCUGCUGGCGGAAAAAAACGCGAAUAUCAGCAACUUUGAGGGAGUUGGCUUUCUCAGCAGACGCCAGCGAGCACAGCCCAAAGGUACUUCGCUUGUUUGAAAUUUCACUUGGGUGUGUCAUCAAAGGUGUGUCUGCUGACUCACCCAACAGCGACAGAUAGAGCCGUCUGAGAAAUCCUGCCUUUUCGCAUUGAUAGAGAAGUGAAGCAACAGACGAGACGAAACUCUCGAGUAGACCGGACGCAUUUGUUUUCUAUUACUCUCUGAAACACUAACCGGACUCUCUCUACUUGCACCCGGGACAAAGUCACGUUUUUUCUCCCAAAGAUGGGGAGAGUUUUAAUUUCCACCAUCUGCCUAAUGCUGAUCCUGCCCUGCGUGGAGUCGUGCUCUCUCCCGAGGUCUCUCUACGUAAUUGUACCUGAAACAAUUCCACCUGAAUACCAAGUAGCAAAAGUUGAAGCCGUCGGCUGUGAUGCCAAAUCAACGCAGUUAACUGUGAAGGACCCGAGUUUUACAAUAAAAAGUAAUGGAGCAGUGGUAGCUUUAACGUCUGUCUCAGUGGCCGAAAGAGGACGGACAUUUUCUGUGUGCGCUCAGGACAAUAGUGGACCGGAAAGUAAGAUGGAAGUUCACCUUGUCCGCAGUACAAUGCCGAUAAAACAUCAACGAGGCCAAGGCUUCCUGAGUCGCUCUAAAAGACGCUGGGCACCUCCGAACUUCAACGUAGUGGAGAAUUACGUAGGAUCCUAUCCAAAACUAAUCGAAAAGCUGGUGUCAGAUACCUCAGCCACAUAUAAUGUGUACUACACUAUCGAAGGAGAAGGAGUCGAUAAGUAUCCAACUGGAGUGUUCAGACUGGACAGAAACACAGGGGAUCUGUUCUUGCUCAAAUCAGUGGACCGUGAGGCCUUCCCAGAAUAUAAAUUUGUGGUGCGUGUUUGGGACAAGAUCACAAAUCAGGAGACAGAUGAGAAUCUGCCUUUGAAAGUGGUUGUAGAUGAUGUAAAUGACAAUCCACCGGAGUUUGUAGGUUCACUACAGUUUACGGUUCCUGAGCACUGUAGUGUAGGGACUGUGGUGGGAAAGGUGAAUACAACCGACAAAGACCAAAUUGAGACUGACCAUGUGAAGAUUAAGUAUACACUCCUAACUGGAACAGCCAUGUUUGCCAUUCAUCCACAAACAGGUGUCAUCACAACAACAACCAACACCCUAGACAGAGAGUUACAAGACAAGCAUUUAGUGAUUGUAAAAAUCCAGGAUAUGAAUGGUGCAGCAAAUGGUCUGGUUGCUACAUCAACAGCAACAAUUGUUCUGAGUGACAUCAAUGACAACCCGCCAAUCUUCAUGAAAACAUCUUAUGAUGUCGCUGUGCAAGAGAAUGAAAGUGAAAAACUUCUACUUCGAAUUCCAGUUCAAGAUAAAGAUUUGAUAAACACACCAAACUGGAUAUCAAAGUUUGUCAUUACUCAAGGAAAUGAAAAUGGAAAUUUCAGGAUUGUUACCGACCCCCAAACAAAUGAAGGGCUUCUGUACGUCUCAAAGCCAUUAGAUUAUGAGAAGACCAGCAGUGUACAGCUUCAGAUCAUGGCACAAAAUCAAGCACCGCUGAGUGGCAGCAGCGCCAGUUGGAACUCCAUCCCUGUGAAGGUCAAUGUCACCAAUGUUGAUGAAGGCCCAGAAUUCUCUGCUCCUUCGAUCCGCUUCAAUGUCAAAGAGAACACACCAAAUGGCACAGUGAUAGGAACUUAUACAGCUACGGAUCCUGAGACCAAGAGCAGCAAAGGCAUCAAGUAUUACAAGGUGACAGACCCGGGCUCCUGGAUCAAUGUCGACAAAGACACGGGAGAGCUGAGGGUGGCAAACACAAUUGACAGAGAGUCGCCGCUUGUUCGCGAUGGGUUUUACAACAUCACAGUGAGGGCUGUUGAUGCUAGCUCCAAGUCAGCAACAGGAACAGUUGUCAUUUGGGUGGAGGAUGAAAACGACAACAUUCCUACAAUUCCUAGUGAGCUCACGUUGUGUCAGAAGGAUGGAGAGCUCGGCUCUGUGGUGGUGGUGGCUGAAGACAAAGAUCAGAAUCCCUUUUCGUCUCCAUUCACCUUCAGUUUACCAAAUAAAAACGAUGGCACAUGGUCUGUGAAAAGUCUUAAUGACACAGCAGCUACAUUGGAGCAGCUCCAACCGCUUUAUUUGGGGAUGCACACCGUUGACCUGACUGUUACAGAUCUUCAGGGCAGUGGCAAAACACAGACAGUGAAUCUGAGAGUCUGCAAGUGCAAGAAUGGCGUCUGCCUUGGCAAGGACAGGUCUGUGUCGCUCGGACCGCUGGGAAUACUGACUCUGCUGUUGCCUGUGGCUCUCCUCCUACUGCUCUUCCUGCUCCUUGCAUUUUUCUGUCUAACAAAGAGGGAGAAGUUGCAACUUGACGAUUCAGCAGACACUGGAGGAAUCCUACUCAAAUCCAACACGGAGGCCCCAGGGGACGAAGUGGAUGCAAGUCUCAUCAAUGGUCCCCCCUUUGAGAUUGACCAAGCAGUAAAGGGUUCUGUUAAGGGUGUAAUGAUGAAUCCUUCGUGGAUCGGGAACAAGAGUGGAAGCACUAUUGGAACCCUUGGUGUUCACGAGAAUGGGAUGCAUGGAAGGACUGAUAUUUCUGCAGCUAAUGUGCAGGAUUACUAUACCGGCCAGUAUGACAUGACCAUAGAUCGUCAAUCCUAUGGUCAGCUUGUUGGUAGUGGUGUAGACUUUGACUACAGACAACACAACAUGGACCCAGCUCUUCUGUAUACUUGGGAAACAAAUGGCCGCUAUCUACAUCAGAAAUUGAACCAAAUGGGAACAGAGGAGGAUGGGCGAUACGCAGACGAUAUCAUCCACGCCUACGCAUUCGAGGGACGUGGCUCUGUAGCUGGCUCUAUCGGAUGCUGCAGUAAUAAUAAUGACAACGAUAACCUUGACUUUCUGAACACACUCGGACCAAAGUUCAAAACUCUUGCAGAGGUCUGCAGAAAGACAUGAAAAGUGACACUCCAGAUAAUAUUGUUUACUUUAAGCUGUAAAAGAUGCAGAUUGGGUGUGAAUGCUUGGCGUGUUAUUGGGGUAAGAAUGUAAAAAAGGAACAAGCAGGUGGUGCUGGUGUGUAUAUGCUAUUGCUCUUAGUUGCUUUAUUUCUUUGUUUUUGUUAUUUUUUUUUUAAAAUUUUUUUAUUUUUUUAAUGUAGUCAUUUGCACUGAAAAUGAUGUAGAUGCUGUUGGUUGUGCAUACUUUAUGUUGUAUGUCAAUAGCCGCGUUUCCACCACAGGAACCCAGGGACUGCAGUCUUUUGGAGGUUUGUACCUCAGGAACCAAGGUCUAAAUUAAGUUCUUGGAAAAAUGAUUUCAUAUCUUUAUAUUUUUGGAGGGUAGCACUUUGUAACACUUCAGGAGCCUUUGGUGCAGGGAUUGCAGUGUUUCUGGUUGGAAAGCAACUUUUCAUAAAAAUCACACUGCCUUCAAGGUAUACCACAUAAAUUGUUGGUAAUCAUUAACUUAAACUUACAUCAGAGAGCAGUGGAGGGAGAUGGGCAACAACAAAACUGGUGUUGCUUUUUCAUAUUUAAUUGCACAAUUCUGCUUGAGCUUUGUGGGUCUGAAGACAUUGCUGGGAGUACAGACAAAAAAAGCUCUCGGGACGAGAAGUUCUUGUUAAUUUGGUUUGAAAUGCGGCUACUGAGUAAUAGCAUGUUUGUCUUUCUAUCAGUUAGUAGGAACUUUGUUUGUUUUUUUUGUUUUUUUUAAACUUUGUUUAUUAAUCGUUACCUGCUGUUAAAAAAAAAAAGAAAAGAAAAAAAAGCAUUUCUAUUUCAGUCAUGUUGCUGUUUUUUAUCUUUAUUGAAUUUCAGGCUUUGCCGAUAUUUUUGAAGUAAGACAAAUAAUGAAACAAAAUAACAUUUUCUAAUAUUUCACAAUAUUUAAUGUAAAACUAUACAUUCAUAAUGGUCUAUUUUAAACAGUGUUGAUUUAAUUUCGCACAAUUUCCUAAUGCCACAGAAAUUGUGUGUAACCAUGUUUUACUUCAAAUCCCUGACUGUCAGAUGGGUGCGGUUUGAGCUCGCUGUCAGUCAGGUUAUUGCAACAUUCCCAACAGUAGUCCUGUUAAAAUCUGCACAAGGGUGUGAACCAGAGGGGUAAGGUGUUACUGACACUGCCUGAAACUAAAUGUAGCUGGCCUCCCAGGAAAAACCCAGUCAAAGAACUGUGUAUACCUUACAUGUAUAUUAUGUGGUUAAGUUGUAAUUUGACAUUAACAUUAAAGAGUGUUGUUUAAUUUUU